GCGCACAGUGAGAGAGGCGACCGGCAGCGGAGCGUCGCCUGUUGGGAUAAACAUAUUUCAUGUUGACUCGCCAACUUAUGGACCUGUUUGUAGGACCGGGAUCAUGUGUUGGACGCUAACUCGAGGCAAAAACUAGAAGGUCUCCUGACACACUGCAGUCUGACCCUUGCCACCUGUGAAGCAGGGGAGCAAAUGCCAAACUCCUGAAAAAAAACUUAAUCAAGAACAAGCCACCUCACCUAAGUGGGUGAGAAACGCCUGCUGGCACCAUGGGGAACCAGCUGACUGAUAUCGCCCCCAACACACCAUUCCUGCCAAACUUCCAGUCACUGCACGUGGUAGUCAUUGGCCUCGAUUUGGCUGGAAAGACAUCCCUGCUCUACAGACUCAAACUGAAGGAGUUUGUCAAGACCAUACCUACCAAGGGCUUCAACACAGAGAAGAUCAAGAUGGCUGUCGGGAAUUCCCGAGCAAUAAACUUCCAGGUGUGGGAUGUUGGUGGCCAGGACAAGCUGCGUCCUCUAUGGAAGUCCUACACGCGACGGACAGAUGGGAUGGUGUUUGUGGUGGACUCCACUGAGUUUGAGCGGAUGGAGGAGGCCAAAGUCGAGCUCCACAAGAUCACCCGCACCUCAGAGAACCAGGGCGUCCCUGUCCUGAUCUUGGCCAACAAACAGGACCUGGACUCUGCCCUGUCUGUCAGCGAAGUGGAGAAGCUGCUGGCUGUUCAUGAACUGAAUGCAUCCACCCUGUACCAUGUCCAGAGUUGCAGUGCUGUGGAUGGCCAGGGACUCCAGCUGGGCCUGGAGAAAUUGUACGAGAUGAUCUUGAAGAGGAAGAAGAUAGUAAAGCACAGCAAAAACCGCAAGAGAUGAACCAUUCAUUUACGUUACGGUAUCUGUGUAGCUUUGGGAUAUUUGUUCAUAUUGAUAAGCUUGUAGAUCCUCUUUAAUGGAAAGGCUUUUUGUGCCAACAGAAGAACCGAUUCAACCUGGCCUCAGAAAGUCAGGAGACAUAGAUUUUGUCGUCACGAUUGACAUGUACCUUGAUCUGUGGUUGGGCUGCUGCCCUUUUGAAAUUAAAGAUUCAAAGGAUACUUCAAUAAUUCGAAUUUCAAUCAUUUUGCGAACUUUCUUUACCACACAAAUGUUCCUACUGGUUUCAAGGAAGACUGUUUGUUGAAAGUACUAAAAAGACAUUUCCCUGGUAAAUGUAGCACCACAGUGGGAACAGCUUGUCUUCCAUGUCAUUGGUGAAGAAAAACAGCUGACCACAACUCUAAAUGUCUAAGAUUGUUUACUAGCUGCCACAGAUUCAGCGCCACAAAGUAGGUCUCACUUGUGUUCCCACAAUGUAUUGUUAACCUCUUAAUAUUAACUCCACAUUUUUGUGUUGCAUCCUUGAUGGAGGGACCUGAAGCAGCUGUAUGAGGUGAGAUGAUGUUCAGUGAUGAUGGCGCACCGAGUGAUAUUUCUGAUAGCCAUGAAACAGUAAUCCUAAGUGCAUUCCCCUCAUACCACAGAGGUUAAGUUUUAGUUGGAAUACCAAUAGUGUUUAUACAAAUUGUACAUUUUUGUAUCAUUAAAGAAUUAAU